AUAAGCAAAAACAGAUAGCGUUACCAAUCCGCUGUGCACAUUUAAAAAAAGCAAAGGACAACAAUACGCGAUCGAGUACAGUGAAAAAUUGGUGAAAUGGUGAAGUUGUGUCGUGCGUAUAUUUAGAACCAGAGUGUACGAUGUUGGAAGGUGGACGUGCAGUGAUUUGGCUCCUUGUAUCAGCCCCACGAGCUGCACGCCACCCGAAAGAUUCACGUACUAACCCAGUUGCACCUGUUUGAACCCACCAGUUGCAGAGUCUGCACCGUAACCCCAUGACGCAUUUAACACAUGGCCCGCCUGGAGAUACCAAGUAUAGUGGUGCAUAAAGGCAGCAGGUCGCACAGCCGACCUGACAGUCCCACGGUGGUGGUGCGAGGAGGUAUGCCCACACUGCCGUCCUCCAGGCAAGGCUUCGUCGCGAGUGGCUCGAACGCGUCGUAUCAGAACAGCACGGAGCCGGAUAUGUUGGACGGGAAUGCCAAUCCGAAUGUCGGCUCCUCUCCCGCAUCGAAUUCGCACCAUCGUGGCGGCACACCCUCCUGCCCCCCCGACAACAAAUCGGACACAGAGAACAAAAACUUUCGCAACAGGACGAGUACGAAAGUGAAGUUGCUGGUGAGGAGUCAUGCUAUGAGAGAGUCGACGUCUCCCCCGAGGGAGGCGCACAACAACGGUUCAUCAUCGUCCCCGCACAGCCCGCAAUCGGUCGACGGCGAGAAGAAGUUCGUUGGAAACCUGUCUCCCAAUUCCGCUAACGCGAAGCUCAAUAACAACGAGCCGAUGUUCAACAGCAAUCUUUGCCCGAAUCAGUCCCCGAAGCAAAUGCGUAACACAGCCACCUCACCCACCUAUCGAACUCCGUCACGAAAUGGUAACAAAAUGGCUUGCCCCGCACGUUUACUUCAAACGCCCGUGUCCCCGACCAAGUCCGGCCAACCGCUCCAGCACUCGCCCAAGAGCACGAACCUGGCGCAGAACAGCAAUCAUCAGCACUGCAAGUCGGAGCAGCGUAGACCGAGCACGUUGAACGUUUGCAACAGCCAAUGCUCGUCGACCCAGUGCGGCAAUACCCUGUCAGUGAGCAGCAGGCCUGGCUCGCGGCACAAGUUGAGACAUCAGAAUUCUUCCCAGGGUAGUUUCGACAGCGCCUCCCCUUGCCUCUCGCGAGAUAGUAGUACGGAAUUGUACACGGACAGUACAGGGAUAGAUCUGGAACAUUUCAUCGCGGAGACCAUAAAUCGUAAUCAGAAGGAUCGAACAGUGCUGUUGAAAAUCGAGAAAGAUCUGAUAGAGUUCGCGAGGGACAAGCAGAAAGUCUGUCACAAGUUUCCGAACAUGUCCUCGUACAACAGGAUGUUGGUGCAUCGCGUGGCCGCUUACUUCGGUAUGGAGCACAACGUGGACCAAUCAGGUUCAAGCGUGAUAGUGACGAGGACGAAAAACAUGCGAAUACCGAACACCCGUUUCAAGGAGCACAUAAGGGACGAUUUGAUAUUAUCCGAGGAGCCGAGGAGAAGCAUAUUGAAGAGGGACUCGAACUCGUUCGAGGACAGUUUCAACUUCAAAUCGCCGGAUAGAUUGUCGGGCGAUUAUUGCCGGCAGAACAAGAGUUUCGAGGAGAGGGAGGAGGAGUACGAGCGCGCAAGGCGAAGGAUAUUUAAGGAUAGCAGCGGGGAGAGCAGCGAGGUUACAUCCUGGCCUUACUGGUCCUCCUCGGAAAGCUCCGACGCCUCUGCGAGGUAUCGUUUGUUACAUCCGUCGGAUCACACGAUCAUGAGGCAAACGAAGCUCUUGAAAGGAGAAUCUUUAGAUGGAAGGGAAUCCUGUCGGGGUUCGGUACUGAGACCAUCCGUUUCCAAGUCCUUUAGCUUCGGUGGUUAUACCAGGGGAAUGCUUUCUAGAGGGGACAGUGUUACAUCUACUCAUAGUGCAGGAGCUCGCCUUAUGAAGCAAGACUCAGGUGCUAGUAUGUGUUCACGGCUUAGCCCUUCGAGUAGCGGUUAUAAAUCGCAAAGCCAGCGCAGCGAUGCCACGAUAUCACCGUCUCCAUCGCCAUCUCCCGUGGCAACGAUGACCUGCAGUCAUACCCAAGUAUCUAGUCAGGAUCUCGCCUCCCCGGAACCGAAUAAUCAGACGGUAAUGUGGGCGGUUACCAGUAUAUCGAGCGUGCCGCCGGGUAGCAUAAUUAUUAAUCCGCAAACGAAUCAACCGUACACGAAUCCGGAUGGUUCGAUUUAUCGCUUCGAUCCAGAGAAUCCACCUAAAUUUUAUACAUCUUCGUUGUCUCACGAGAACGAGAGAAACGAUAACGUGUCGCCCGCGAAGAUUAUAGAAACAUCCGAGCCAUCGAAAAUAACGGGUAAAAAUGAGAAUAGAAAGAGAUCGCAAUCCAACAAGCACAACGGUGGCAACAAUGCAACGACAGUGACCCACGUGACGAACUCGGCAACGUCGCCGAGUUUGCCGUUCACCCCACCACCUCGAGAUAAUCCAGGACCAUUGCGACAGCAACAGCAACAGCCGCAGCAGCAACAAACUCUAGUCAAAUCGUCGUCGACGGUGCAAACUUGUAAUCACAACCAAGCAGCUCAAACAUACGCGACCUACGUACCUACCUCAGAACCGUUCAACCAGGGUGUCUAUCCACCACCCCAUGUGGGACAACAGACUGUGAUGAUGGCCCCCCAUCCGAGUCAGAGUCAGGCGAAUGUUCAAAACAAUGGCCAGAGCGAUGUGUUUAACCAGAAUUCGGUUUACGCGAAUUAUGCAGCAGUACCUGUGCAGCAAGGACCAGUAUCGCAGACAACGGAGAUAACCGAAUUGUCCGGAUAUUUUAUGGGCAUGAGCAUCUACGAUCAACGUGUAACUGGUGAUAAUCAUUCUACGCCACCGCACUCUUACCCGCAACCGCAACCAUCUACUACGAAUCAAACGAAUCUGCAAAAUGUGCAGACGAUGCCGCAAAAUUAUUGGCAACCACCACCUAAUUCCGUACUGCCGCAACAAACAAUGUACUUCGUACCUCCGCCUGGUGCGGCACUUUCGGUUAGCCAAGGUCCAGGCGAUAGACAACAGUUGCACCAGCAACAAAGAUUUCCAACAAAUUAUUCUUUCAAUGCACAAACUAUGACUCCUCCGAGCCAAUCGAAUUCUAAUUACGUGGGUACUUAUCCGGUCCCUUACAACUCGAUGCCGGCUGUGACACCAGCACCAGGGGAUUACACGUAUCAGCCACCGGUUCACAUGGUCCCUACGUACUAUCCACCGAGUCAAACGACGAUUCAACCACCACCUGUCAUGUACAGAGUACCGACACCACCAAAUACUCCAACCUCUAAUCAGAUGCCUGGGGUGCCAUUGAUGUAUGUCAACUCCGGCAGCUAUCCACCACCAACGAUGGUAUCCAAUGGGACUUUUGGUCAUCAGGUCGGACACAAUGGCACAUCUCCAGCGCCUCCUGGAACUUAUAUGACUCCUGCGCUGGUUCCCAAUCUCGUGUUUAGGCAAAAUGUUCCCGUCGUUGCUGGUGUUCGAGCUUCAACGCCAGGUAAUUCUCAGAAAACGAGCAGGUCGCCGACUCCAGCACACGAGUUGUUCGGAAGUGGGAGCGGGGACAGAAGCGCACAACCCCAACCACGCUACCCACUGCCAAUGUAUCAGGGUGUCCAUAUUGUCCAAGGAGAUAUGAGAUUGAUGCAUCCCGCAGUGCCAGCUAAUCCGCGAUUGCAGUAUGCGCCAGUACCAUCACCACCUGUUGUUCAAGGUUGUCCACGACCGUAUCGACCACCUUCUUAUUCGUCGAACACCUCAGGCGCUGGUACACCCACAUCGUUCGAUGGGAGAAAUCAGAAAAUUCGUAAACAGAGGUCCAAAGUAACACCGUUGCCACUAACAGGCGCGCGGCCCAAUCUUUAUCAGACUCCUUCCAUGCCGUCGCUCUCGUCUAACGUUCCGAAAGAUAUCAGAGAAGGGACCGUGAAGGUGACAAUCACCCGUCGAAACCAACUGGUACAAUAUUAAAUACUUGGGCCAAUAUUUGAAUAUGGAGGAUCAGCAGAACGAAGGAUGUAAAAGAAAAGACAAUUGAAUCGUUGAAACAUGCCGAUUGAAAAGAACCGAAUGAAGCAGCUCGUGGUUAUACCGAUAUACAUACACGAUUCUUAUUAUUAAAUAUUAAUAAUACUUUUGAUUAAAUAUCUAAGGAAAAAAAAGAGAGAUAUAAAAAGCAUACACUUAAUAGGAAAUUCAAAUCUUGUUACAAAUCGGGAAAGGAAUAAAUAAGAAAGAGAAGUGUAAUUAUAAAA